GCAGCGCGAGGCAGUAUUCUGCUCCGUCGGUACAUAACUAAAAAAAAUAAAAAUGAUAUAGCGGACAAAAAAAAAUAAUAAAAAAUAAUUUUCGAGUUCCAUUUCUUGGACGUCGGCGCUUCAAUUUAUUUUUGAUCAUAAUAUUUUCGAAGUGACUUCUGUUCAGAAUGGACUCAAAAUUUAUGUCAACAGACAAAAUGGACGAAUAUCAGAAACACAUAGAAAUGAUGAACGGCAACGAUUUGAACGUGCUGAACUUGAACUAUGAGAACCACAUGAACUUGGAGCAGCCUGACAAGACAUCAGAAGCCAUUGCUGACUUCUAUGAAGACUCUAUAAUCCUUGUCACCGGAGGAACUGGAUUUGUGGGCAAAGCUCUGCUGGAGAAACUCCUGAGGAGCUGUGCUGGUAUCAAGACUGUUUACGUUCUCAUGAGACCAAAAAGGGGUCUGACAGUAGACCAGAGGUAUAAGGAAUUACUUAAAAACCAGGUCUUCGAUCGCAUCAGGGCGAGAUGGCCAGAAAGGUUGGGCAAGCUCUACCCAAUAACUGGAGACGUAUCCGCUCCAAACCUUGGAGUCAGUCCAGAACAGCGUGAGCUGCUGGGCAAGGUGACGGCAGUAUUCCAUUCUGCUGCAACUGUGAGGUUUACUGAGCCUCUUCAUGCAGCCACCACGCUGAACGUGCAAGGGACUGCCUCCCUGCUGAAGUUGGCGGAAGAUAUGCCCAAGCUGAAGGCCCUGGUCCACGUGUCAACAGCCUACAGCAAUGCACCCAGGUCUCACAUUGAAGAAAGGGUCUACCCACCGCCCUACGACCCUGACAGCAUCGUGAGAUGCACUAAGAUGCUGCCCCCGGAGACUGUGGAAGUCAUUUCAGAUACCCUUCAGGGUGAACAUCCGAAUCCCUACACAUUGACUAAGGCGCUAGCAGAGUCCAUAGUCUAUGGUCACACCAACCUGCCUGUCUGUAUUGUCAGACCUUCGAUUGUAACUGCUGCCCUGCAAGAGCCCUAUCCAGGAUGGAUCGACAAUGUUUAUGGUGUUACCGGCAUCAUAAUGGAGAUAUCGCGGGGAACUUAUCGCUCAGGGUACUGCCGGGAGCGGUACGUGGUGGACCUGGUACCAGUCGACAUGGUCGUCAACUCUUGCAUCCUAGCUGCUUGGAGGCAAGGAGUUAAGCAGCCGGGUCGCUGUCCAGUUUACAACGUGACGUCAGGGUCCAUCAACCCCCUCCAGUGGGGACAGUUCACCAAGCUCUGCGUCAAAUGGGCAUUAGAGAACCCGACCAAAUACGUGAUGUGGUAUCCGAACUUCGCUUUCACUGAAUCGAGGUUCAUGAACACGUUCUGGGAGAUCACCUGUCAUUUCCUGCCGGCGUUCAUGUAUGAUCUGCUGCUCAGAGCUCAAGGACGGAAGGCUAUAAUGAUGAAACUGGCACGUCGUUUCAAAAUGGCGGCGGCAACCGGAGAAUACUUUGCCAACCACGAAUGGCAGUUUGGCAUCGCUGAGUUGACAGCUUUGCACGACGAUGCCAGUUAUGCCAGAGACUCUGGCGCCUUUCCCCAUUGGCCGGCUGAUUUUGACUGGGAAUCUUACAUAGGAGCAUAUAUGUUCGGCAUAAGGAGAUAUAUACUUAAGGAUACGGCUGAAUCUCUGCCAGUCGCGAGGACUAAGCUGAGGCGGCUAUAUUGGGUCCACAAGCUUUUCCAAGCGGCUACAGGAUACUACGUAUUUAGAUUUUUAGCUGGACGCCUACGGUAAAAUAAAACCACAAGAUAUUUUUGUAAAUAAAUUUACCUUUUAGUCCUCAAAAUUAAGUUUUAGCCUUUUGACAGCCAAGUCCAAAAAGACAUAUUGCAUUCAUGUCAAAUGUAAAAACAAAAUAAAAUGUCAAAAAGGGAAAAUGAAAUGUCAAAUACGUUUUUUAAAAACUAUAAGAAUGUCAAUGGUAACCGUCGAAUAAUUCAAAACAAAUUUUAUUUCUCUAUUCCUGUUAAAUUGAAAUAAUUUAUUAUGUCAUCUUAAUGAAAUGUCAAGAAAGAAAUUAAAAGAGUUAUAGGACUUAAUUACAUUUGGAUUUGUUAUCAUCAUGUGACUGUGGCGGUCAAAAAGUUAAAAAGAUAUUAAAAUAGGCUUUAAAAUAAUUAUAUUAAGCAAAGAAUCCCUAUAAAAUACUCAUUUUAUUUCACCUAUCCACCAUAUAAAACAAAUGUAAGAUCUUAAAAUAUAUAUAUAUAGGUACUUACCUAAAUAAAUAUCAUAAAUACUAUAUUUAUGUCAAAUUUCAGAUGAUAUUAUGUAAAAAUAGAGAAUUAAAAUGGAAUUAAAUCAACAUGUCAUGUCAGAAAAAAUGUCAAAAGUCAGAUGAACUGUCAUAAUAGUCACAAAUCAAAAAUAUGUUGUUUUUCGGUUUUAGUGACAUUUCGGGCAUUGAUUUUGGUUUAAUGUUUUUUUUUAAUCAAACACACAUUAUGUAAUAGUUUUUAAGACAUAUAAGAAGUACGUGUAUUGCUAGACAAUGUAUGGUUAUAAUUAUUUCAAUAUUUUCCUUCAUAUUGAACAAUCCACCAAAUAUUUUAAGUUGUAAUGAUUUUGUAAAUAAUGAUAGUUUUUCAAUGACUGACCUUAAAAUACCUAUAGAUACUCAAGUAGACAUAAAAAAUGAAAAUAUGACUAAGUUUCUAUUUUUUUUAAAUAAAGGUUAAAGAAAUUCUCAAAAAAGGAACAGAAUGAACUGUUUUAGUAAUUAAAAAAAAAUCGUUGCCUAUUGUCAACAAUUAUUUGCUAAUUUAUUUGGUUGAUCAUUGAAAAACUAUACAUUAUUUUAAACAAGGACGUUUGAAUAAAGGCGGACAUAGUCUCUAGAAACAACGACUGUGGC